AUGAACGAUCAAUUGGGAAUUCCUUCUUGCAAAGUAAUUUUGCUCGGAAAUACUUGCGUUGGUAAGACCUCUAUUGUACUACAGUUCUAUAAAGCAUUGUUUCAAGAGCAAGGGCAGCCUACAAUUGGCGCUGCUUAUUUUUCAAAGAUCAUUGACACACCAAAAGGAAAAUUAAACAUGAAUGUUUGGGAUUCCGCAGGACAAGAAAGGUUUAGGAGCAUAAUUCCGAUGUAUUUACGUGGUGCUUCAGGAGUUAUAUUCGUGUGUUCCCCAGAUAAUGUAGAAAGUAUAAAAGACUUAAAUGUUUGGAAGAACUUACUCGAUAAGAAUCAAGAAAACAAAAUUUUCGGAUAUAUUGUCAUGAACAAAUGUGACUUAAACAUUUCCGACAGUAAAACUUUAGCAGAAGCAUUUGCAAAAGAGAACCAUUACCAGUUCUUUGAAACUUCUGCCAAACUAAACAUCAAUAUUACUGAAUUAUUCAACAAAAUUGCAGCAGAUAUUUCAAAUGAAAUUAUUUUCGAAUCUGUUCGUUCGGAUGAAUCCCAAAUUAGAGUUAAGAAUGAUAAUAGUAGUGGAUGCUGUUAA